CAGUUGAGCUUUCAAAAACCAACUACAACAACACCUCUAUUUAUUUCCACUCUCUCCAUAAACUUUCCUUGUCCUGCACUUUCCCACCAUCGAAACUGUAAUUUUGAACACAACAAACCCCAGAAAACCAAAGAAUGGAGCGUUUUGUGUGCCUAACUGUGGUAUUAGCCAUGAUUAUGGUGAUAGCUGCACCAGGCAAAGCUCAGGUCACCACGCCAUGCAGUGCAUCAAUGAUAAACAGUGUGUUCAAUCCUUGUAUAAAUUUCCUCACAAAUAGCAGUGCCAAUGGCACUUCACCUACUUCUGAAUGCUGCAAUUCCAUCAAGUCCCUCACAAGUACUGGCAUGGACUGUGUGUGUCUCAUUGUCACCGGCAAUGUCCCCUUUAGAAUCCCAAUCAACCGAACCUUGGCCAUCUCUCUUCCUCGUGCUUGCAACAUGCCUCGUCUUCCAGUUCAAUGCAAAACCUCAGGUUCCCCACUUCCAGCUCCAGGACCAGCAGCUUUUGGGCCAUCUAUUUCUCCAUCUCUUAGUCCUCAAGCUUCCUCCAUUCUUCCAUCACCUUCCUUGCCACCAGUUUCUGACACAAACCCUCCUUUGACUCCAUCAUCUACAGCUACAGGAAGUGGACGCUCUGAUCUCACUCCUUCAUCUGCUGUUUCAUCAAACCGCUUCCUACCUUCAGUUCUAUUAAUUGCAUUAGGAUUUGCUGUUCUUUAAGCACUACUAUGUUGCUGCGCCCAAAACAUUUCUGCAUUUUUUUGGAUGUAAAUGUAGUUUGUAGGUUUAUGUGUGUGGUUGUUGCGUUCGAUUUUUAUCAGAUUGUUUCAGACCCGCAUUGGGGGAGUAUUUACCAAAUAAAAAGCAUUUCAUCUUUGUGUUGUAAUGUAUACGAGUGCUUCAUCCAUUCCAGAA